CCCCUCAGAUUGCGCUUUAACUUUGCUUGCUAUUGGGGGCGUUCAAAAUGGCUCGGAUUGGAUGGGAAUGGCAUUGAAGGGGUUUCUGCUUUUUGGCUGUGUCGCAUUAAAUUUUAUUUCACAGCAUAACCCACCGUAUGCUUACCGGUAUUAUUGAAUUUACUUGUCCAUGGCUGUCCACCGUGGGCAAGAGCUCGAACAAUCAAUCAGCGGUAGACUUGGCCGCAGUGCAAAUCGCUUAAAACCUACUCCCCCAGAAACCCGGACCCAGGCUUGGAUGGGUACUUCCCAACUCUGAAUCUUGAAUUUACGUACCAGUACAUCGAACGGCUAUGAGAUGGGGGUCGAGUUCCAGGUCCUGUACUAUAUAGUGGUGAGCCGGUGGGGGGGGUUUGCGCUGUUUAUUUAUUCAUUUGUUUAUUCUGCGAGAAGUGAGAGUGCUGGGAGUCAAUUGAAUCCACUGCAGUCCAUGAUACAAGUACCGUACUAGUACUUGGUUGACCAUCGUUCCCAUAAGUGCCAAGCGCCAACGAGGGCAUGGUGGGGUGAAGGCAAGGUCCGUAUGAAAAACAAUAACUUGCUUAGACUAUCCAUACCUCCCCUCCCCUCAUCACCGCGAAUCUCCAGCCUCCACCUUCCCGCACGAAUCCAUCCGUCACCAUGUCCGUUGCGGAAACAAUUGAGACCGCAUCUAGCUUUGUCCUUGAUGCUCCGCCCGGAGAGGUACCUACCUACUCACCCUGCCCUGCUCUACUCCCUUGCCCACUCGCUAACCCCUUGACUUACUCGCUCCUCUCCCGCCAUAGCUCCAAGAUGUGAUUGCCGGUUAGUUCUCCCCCCACUUCUCCUCCACCCUGACCAAACCUGACGGGCCAAAGACAUAAAGACGCUCGUAAAUGAUGACCCCGCCGUCCUCGAUGGCGUGACACCCGCCAUGGAAAAGUACAACAAGGAGCAACUGAUAACUACGAAGCUGCCCGGUUCCAGCGAACAGGUCAUCAUCUCAGAGCACAAUUGUCUGCCGGAUGGGAGGUUUUUUGAUGUGGGGAGUCUGAGAUCUUUUGAGUUUGAUCAUGUCAAGCAGGUUUGUUAAUACCCCGGGCAGAUGGACGGAUAGACGGAUGGAUGGAUGGAGGGAGGGAGGGGGAGGUGGCUGAUGAAGGUCGUGGGUGGGUAGAAAGCUUUGAACCCGCAGAGUUGGGUUUUGGAGAGUCGGAAUGCGGAGUUGAUGUGAGUUUUCUUUUUUCUUUUUCAUUUGAUGGAAAGGAGAAGUGGCUGAUGAACGGUGGUUGGGUGUAGAAAGGCUUUGUUGAGAGAUGUAGCUCCGCAUGUCAAGGAGCAUUACCCCUCGUCUCCGGCGUUCGGGGUGUAUCCGAUUCAGGGCGAUGCCGCGGCCGCCGUGGUGAUUGUUGGGAAUAAAUAUAGCCCUUCUAAUUACUGGUUAGCAUUACAUUUCUUCUCCUUCCUCCUCGUUUCCGCCUCGGUUGGGAGCUAACGGGUCGUAGGAAUGGCCGCUGGAGAUCUACAUACACCUAUACCCCCUCCACUACUGAGCUUACCGGUACUAUUCAAGUGGAUGUUCACUACUACGAGGACGGAAAUGUCAGGUUGCUUACUACGAAGCCGGUUCGAGUCUCGCUGAACUCAGGUACUUCGGCUGAGAUCGUCAAGACUAUUGCUAGCCAUGAGAAGAAGUACCAGGAGGAGUUGAGUAGGGCUUUUGGAGCGCUGAGCGAGGGGGCAUUCAAGAAUCUUAGACGGCAACUGCCCAUCAACAGGCAGAGGAUCGACUGGGAGAAGAUUGCGAAUUAUCGACUGGGACAAGGUGGGUCCCCUCCUUCACCCUCUUUAUCUUGGACUUCUGCUGGGGUACUGACUUUAGUACCUGUAGAAAUCGGUGGUGGCAGAAGUGUCACCAAGUGAAAGGUUUCCCCAUCAUUAGAUUAUCAUGCUGGGUUCUCGGCUAGAUACCAGCGCUGUUUGUAAUUUCCACUUUGUGCGAAAAAAUAAAACGACAACUAUAAACAUGCCGUAAACCCGAGGUAGCUUAUCGAUCCCGUCUCGUCCUUGCUCCGCGAGUACAGUACAGUACUUUACAAACGACCCGAACGCCUGUAGAGGUAAAUCAAUCCCAUCAACCAACCAACCAACCAACCAAUCAAUCAAUCAAACAGCAAAGAACUUGCCCACCGCCACCACCACCAUCAUCAUCAUCAUCCAUUAUCGCCACCCAGCCCUCAUAAGGACCCCCCUUCAAAAGAAUAUCCCCCAAAGCAAAUACAAGACAAUAACCCCACCCACAAUCAUACCUGCAAGCUUUAUUGUCUGGCCUUUACUCCCGGUGGCCGCCAUGCGCGUGAUCCGACCGGCACUCUGCUUCAACCCCGUCGUGAAAUUUGCGAAGACUUCGUUCUGGGAAAAGGGGGAUUACGGUUAGUCCACCGGUCAACCGAAGACAGUCGGGAGCGAAGGGGAGGGUGAACCGAGUCAUCGAUAAUCUCGUGGUCCCGAGCGCUAUCGUAUAUAUUUACCGUGACGUCCCGGAGAGAAGUCACCUUCGAAGCGAGAUCAUCGAGGCGAGCAUUGUUCUGUCUUUUUUUUUUUUUUCGGACGAAGGUAAGUUAGUGGGUGGCCGGUGAAAAGGGGGAAGGGGGUUGGUGGAGGAGUUAAAAGUACCUUUCCCGCUCGUAGGCUUCUGACAUCUCGGAAUAUGUUUUUUUUUUUUUUUCUCUUCUUGCUCCUCUUUUCCGGUGGGUUUGGUUUUGGAUGUCUUGUCGUGAGCCGUUGUGCGCGAUGGUUGAAGCAAUGAUGUAUCGAGCGGUUGCAAGUUACCGUAGUCUAAGUUAAUUGGUGUUUGGGAGAUGAGCUUGGUACCGUGGCGGUGACGUGGUGGUUGGUGUUGGGGUAUAUGGGGAGCAAUUAACGGGCAACUGUUGUCCUUCGGGACAUUUGGUCAAUUUGAAACGAUACAGAGAAGAUUAGCAUGGCCCCUGCACUAAGGAUGACACGCUUCACAAAGAUGAGCUAAACAGUUUUU